AAGAGACCGAGGACUGGAGCUACGUUUGCUCGACGAAGUCGUCGAAAGAAACGGUCCUCGCUGUCUGUCUCGCAGCUGCAGACUCGCAGGAGAGUUGAAGCCUGAAGUCUCUGCUUUUCGGCCGGACAUUCGGCGAGAGAGGGUGAAGAAUAUAAAGAAACACCUUCUCAACCUUCGUAAAACUCAAAGAGUCGCAAAAAGCGACACUGGAUUCACAAGUGACAACGCUCGUAAACGGGCACUGCCGUGUAGGAGGAGCUGUUGUUUUCCGGUGAGAGGAGGAAAAUGUGUGGUCUCGUCCGAGUUUUUUCACGUAGAUUUCGCGCCGAAGAGGCGAGACCGUAAACAGCCUCGCGUCUCCUCAAGAAAGGAUCGCCCGCAGAGGUAAGAAAAAAGCAAAAGAAUGAACGAGAGACAGCGGGCGUGCAGCCAACCGCGUUUUUCUGGGCCGAGAAAAGAAGACGCUGUUAGCAGAAAGCGCCGGUGGCCGAACUGCAUGUGAGGGCCAGCAUGAUUUCCCUAGCAGUGUUUCCGUCAGAUUUUUUGCGAAGCACGCGUUCUGUUUUCUUAUGUGGAGACUCAAAUUUGGAUUUAACGUCUUCUGUCGAGCAGUGUAGAAGCCGCACGCGGGACCUCCGGACUCCGAGACGGAAGCGGGACAGAAUUCCUUGUCUCAACGCAGUCGGCGACAAGUUUCUCCAAGUUGAGAGCUUCUCGAGAGACGAGGCGUUUUCGACGUGGAACAGUCACUGUCGCCCUCUCUGUGUCGUCUCGUUCGUUCCCUCGCAGAGUAGCGUUGUUUUCAGCGACUUGAGUCUUCAAGCAGCUCUUUCACGACCAGCGAGCGCCUGCUUGCUUUGCCUUCGUGUCUCCCGCGUCUCCACUUUCCUUUUCCGAUUCUCUGCCAUGGCGAAACUUUCCUCCGCUCCCCGCGUUCUGGUGCUGAGUGCUGAAGACUCGGUCGUCUCAGCUGCGGACGCAAGCAAGAAAGACACAGUUUUGACCGUACUGCACCCCGACACGAUCAUCGAAAACGCAGCGGACGCGCCGAGCGUCCUUUACGACGGAGUCCUCAUUCUAGACGCAGGAAAAAGCAGAGAAAACGCCACAGGAAACUCCCAAGGCAAAAGCGCCGAGUUCGCAGCUGCGCGAUCGGCGCUCCAGGCGUUCGCCCAAGCAGUCUGCCGGCUGGUGGCGGCUGGAGGCUUCGUCUUCCUUGCCGGCGGCAGCGGAGAACGCGAAGAAGUCCAUCGGCUGGUGAAACGCCUGCUGAUCUACGAAGGCCUCGUCUCCGCCCAAGACUCCGAAGUCGCCGCGUUCGUGGCGGAUCACUUGCCCCGCGUUGAUUCUUCGUUGAUGUGGACCGGACGCAAACCGACAUGGGCCGCAGGCGUGGCAGACGCGCUGUCGGGGAACAGAGGCGCGUUGCCAAAUGGAACGGCUCAAACAGAUGGUGACGACUUCAUCGAUGAAUCCACUUUGAUUGACCCGACUGAGUCGUAUCAGCCUUUGGGAAAAGACCGGUCGAGUUGUGCGUCGCGACCGAAAGCGUGUCCGAACUGCACCUGCGGGCGCAAGGAGGCGGAGGAGGCGGCCGAGAAGGAGGAGAGAAGAAGGAAGCUCGAGACAGGGGAAAUUCGGUCUUCGUGUGGCAAUUGCUACCUCGGAGACGCCUUCCGCUGCGCUGGUUGUCCAUACAGAGGCAUGCCGGCCUUCAAACCCGGCGAGAAGGUUUCUCUGGAGGCGACGAGCGUGGAGGCGCCCGGGGGGGGAAUGCAAAAGCAAGUGGCAACUGUAAUGAGCAACAAGGUGCAGAUUACAGAUCUCGGGGACGACAUGUAGACUGAAAAACACGAGGCGCCGCUUCUCGUCGGGAGCAGCUUUGUUUUCGUUCUACACAAAGAUUUCGAUCCCCACGGGCACACUUGGCAAUGCGGGGUUAUUCCCUUUGCCGGCACUUGAGUUUUUUCAGCGGGUGUUUCGUCAGUAUGGGAAAUGCUCUGUCCCGAAAAGAUGUGCUGCCCACGUUUUGAAGUUUCUCACUUGAGUUUCGUCUGUCUUAGCAAGGAAUCGUUUUUUUAGUCCUUUCUGUUCAGUGGAUCUUUGGCAACGGUUUGCGACAACCACUCUGCUUCCCUCCGGCUGAAGUUCCUGAUCAGAAACCCGUGCAGACGACGAAGGUGGCAAUGCAGUUGGCGCGUUGCUAAGCUGUAGAGUAGUCGGUUCAGUCAGUUGUUUUUCUCUCCGUGCUAGCGGCAGGCUUUUGUGGUUUGGGGGGCUGCAUGAAAAACCCAGGAGUUCUGCGGGCGAACUGUGGGACCUGAAGCUCUUGGCGAGUCUUUCACGUCAAAAAAACUCAUCUUAGUGAUGCACGACUAGGAUUUAACGGUACGCCAAGAAGAUUCCCAGUAUGUACCCAGACUAGCUUGGCUGCAUCAGUCCAUGGCGUUCAGUUGGUUCUAUGUGUACACCGACUGUCAUCUUGGCUGUGCCCUCUUAGCACCAUAGAAAAACUGGAUGGAGACGUUUCGG